AGUUCGAUGCUAGAUAAUUAGUACACUCUAUUCUGACUUAGUGAUGGCAGUAACAUAUUUGACACGGAUUGCAUUGUGCGGCCUGGUACUGGCACUAGCCUCUGGUAACCUUACCUCAGUUAUAGUUCGAUGCUAGAUAAUUAGUACACUCUAUUCUGACUUAGUGAUGGCAGUAACAUAUUUGACACGGAUUGCAUUGUGCGGCCUGGUACUGGCACUAGCCUCUGGUAACCUUACCUCAGUUAUAGUUCGAUGCUAGAUAAUUAGUACACUCUAUUCUGACUUAGUGAUGGCAGUAACAUAUUUGACACGGAUUGCAUUGUGCGGCCUGGUACUGGCACUAGCCUCUGGUAACCUUACCUCAGUUAUAGUUCGAUGCUAGAUAAUUAGUACACUCUAUUCUGACUUAGUGAUGGCAGUAACAUAUUUGACACGGAUUGCAUUGUGCGGCCUGGUACUGGCACUAGCCUCUGGUAACCUUACCUCAGUUAUAGUUCGAUGCUAGAUAAUUAGUACACUCUAUUCUGACUUAGUGAUGGCAGUAACAUAUUUGACACGGAUUGCAUUGUGCGGCCUGGUACUGGCACUAGCCUCUGGUAACCUUACCUCAGUUAUAGUUCGAUGCUAGAUAAUUAGUACACUCUAUUCUGACUUAGUGAUGGCAGUAACAUAUUUGACACGGAUUGCAUUGUGCGGCUUGGUACUGACACUAGCCUCUGGUAACCUUACCUCAGUUAUAGUUCGAUGCUAGAUAAUUAGUACACUCUAUUCUGACUUAGUGAUGGCAGUAACAUAUUUGACACGGAUUGCAUUGUGCGGCCUGGUACUGACACUAGCCUCUGGUAACCUUACCUCAGUUAUAGUUCGAUGCUAGAUAAUUAGUACACUCUAUUCUGACUUAGUGAUGGCAGUAACAUAUUUGACACGGAUUGCAUUGUGCGGCCUGGUACUGACACUAGCCUCUGGUAACCUUACCUCAGUUAUAGUUCGAUGCUAGAUAAUUAGUACACUCUAUUCUGACUUAGUGAUGGCAGUAACAUAUUUGACACGGAUUGCAUUGUGCGGCCUGGUACUGACACUAGCCUCUGGUAACCUUACCUCAGUUAUAGUUCGAUGCUAGAUAAUUAGUACACUCUAUUCUGACUUAGUGAUGGCAGUAACAUAUUUGACACGGAUUGCAUUGUGCGGCCUGGUACUGACACUAGCCUCUGGUAACCUUACCUCAGUUAUAGUUCGAUGCUAGAUAAUUAGUACACUCUAUUCUGACUUAGUGAUGGCAGUAACAUAUUUGACACGGAUUGCAUUGUGCGGCCUGGUACUGACACUAGCCUCUGAGAUUAAGGCAUGUUCUAAAGACUCGGACUGCAGUUCAAGCGAAGCUUGUAUUGAUGAGGCAUGUGUGGACCCUUGUAAUGGCGUCUGCGGCACGAACACUAUCUGUAACGUCAUGAACCACCAUGCUGCCUGCGCCUGCAGGUCAGGUUUUAUCGGGAAUCCUUUUCACGAGUGUACGGCUCCAGAAACCGGUAAACUAAAGAAGAAGUUCUCCAUAGGAAAUGAAAUGGGUACUUGGUAUGGUGCCAUCCAGCGAUGCCUCGACAAGGAUAUGCGCCUUGCUUCCAUUACGAGUGCGGAGGAGCAGGCAGAACUAGAAAGAGCAUAUACCGAAUCAGGCGCAUUAGAAAACGUAUGGAUAUACGGAUAUGACAGAAAUGCACGAGGUGAUUAUGUGUGGAACUCGACAGGCCAAAAAUUCAGGUACACCCACUGGGGUCCUCGUGAACCUGAGAUUUCCAGAGAUUAUCGAUGCAUUUCGGCAAGACGUCCCGAACUCAGGUGGCAGACCUCAGACUGCAGAGGUUGGAUUUCCCACGUCUGUGAAUAUUAUUAACAACUAACACAGACUAAAACUACAAUGAUAAUAUAAUUAGAUAAUAUCUAAUAGUUAGGAUAUCUAAUAUUUAGGAUAUCUUAUAGAUAUCCUAAAUAAAUCAAUUACUAAUUAAUUUAAAAUCAAUUAUUAAUUAUGCUUUUUGAGUAUUGAUUUUAUGUUAUGACGGAUGUAUAUAUUUAAAUUUUCUCAAAAAAUAUAAAUUUUUAACUUUUUAUAAUUAUA